AAAAGCAAGAAAGUCAGAAACAACACAAAGAUGAAAACAUUCCGAUUGAUGAUGAUCUCUUUCUUGCUCGUUGCAAUAACAGCAACAUUCGGUGUUGUUGGUGAGGGUAACUACGUGGUUUAUGAUGGCGAAGGAGAUCAGGUUAAGCCCAACGUUCCGUACUACAUCAGCUUCAUGACGUCGGAUUACAACAUGUGGAUCUGCCGAAAGAAAUGGAGAUCUAAUGAUCCCAACUCAUGCCCACAACAACCGUUAAUGGUCACUCAUCCAAAUAUAGCAGCACCCACACCGGUUAUGUUUGUAUUAUCAAACAAAUCAGAUACAGUCGUACGUGAAUCAACCAAACUUAAGAUUAAGUUCGUAGAUCCUUGUCACUGCGGUGAAUCCGGGUUUUGGAGAGUAGUUCAGAGAAACUCUUCAGAAGGUGAAGUAGUCCUCAACGGAUCUACGUCAAACAAUGCCAGUACGUUCGCCAUCGAGCAAACUGACCAAUACUACAAGUUAACUUUCGGUGACGGUGACUAUCCAACGACUAUCAGUUUGUCCAACGAUUAUCCAAUAUAUAGGUUGUUAUCCAAGAGGUUCUCCGGAGAGAUGGAGAUUUAUUUCUACAAGAACCUCACUAUGGGUUAAGCGGAAAUGUUCCGUUUUCACUGGCCUUUUUAUGUAAUGUUUUCAUUUCUAAAAUCAAAAUAAAACUUGUUGUAAUAA